AUGAACAGUUAUUUAUCACCUCGUCUGAUGAUGGGAGCUGCUAUCGUAGGGCUUGUGGGCGCUGCUGGAAUGUUUCUAUAUGAACAAGUCUAUGCUGAGAAAAGGAGAGCUAUGUUAUUAAGCGAAGUGGCCAGAUUGGACAAGCAAGUAUCAAGCAUGCGCACCGAAUUGGAAGCAUUAAGAGAAUUACAGAAAGAAACACGUACUAGAAAUGAGAGCGAGUCCUCACAACGUGUUAGACUAGCGCGGCGGGCGAAAGCAAAACCUCGAGUGCGUCGUGAAGUCACCCCCGCUGGUGACGCAACCGAUUCUGAAUAUUAUACCGAUUGCCAUUCACUAGUUGGCACAGAUAUAGAGUUCGACAGUGAAGAAUUUUAUGACGUUCCGUCAGAUGAGGAAGACACUCUCAAAGAGUCUAUCAAAAAUGGUGUUCUUACGUCUUCGGAGAGCUUAGAAAAGGAUACGGUACAAACACCGCCCUUAAAACCGCCGAGAACUGAAAGUACAUAG